UGUCAGACGUAUCACUCCCAAACAAUCCAAGAUGCCUCGUUCACCGCCAUUACAAUACGAUUACGAUGCCCCCCUAAACUCAGACAAAAACAGCAGCGACCGCUACUCCUCUCACCGAUCACAUCGUGAACGCUCAAGAAGCCCCUACCGGCGAGACCGGGAUCGUGGAAGGGAUUACGAUGGCAAAGGGAGGGAUGGGGGAGACAGAGACUACAGACGGAGUGACAGGGGUGAUAGACGAUAUCGGGAUUAUGAUGCAGAGAGGGCUGGGGACGGGAAUCGAAGACGCGACGAUGAUUACCGCCGAGACCGCUCCCGAGACCGCUCCCGCUCCCAACCCCGCCGACGUUCACCACCACCUCACACCCGUCGCUCCCCAGCCCAUCACCAUCAAUCAUCUCGACCACGCUCGCCCUCCCCCAAAGCCGCUCCAUCGGCACCGGCACCCAUCGACCUAAACGACCUAGCAAACGACGACAUGGAAGCCCAAAUGCAAGCAAUGAUGGGCUUCGGCGGGUUCGAAACGACAAAGUUGAAGAAACACGGUGAUAUUGGUGGCGUGGAGAUUAAGCAGAAGAGGGAAUAUCGGCAGUAUAUGAAUCGGAAGGGAGGGUUUAAUCGGCCCUUGGAUUCGUGAGGAACGAGCAGAACAGCGCACUGAGCAUGGACUGGACAUGCAUUUUGUUGCAGGGCAAGGAUGGCAUAGGGAUUGCAGAAGACAAGUUAGGUGUUGACUGUGUUUAUGUGUGUUGCACGGGUGGUAUGGGCAGAGUAUAAGGGGAGGCGCUAUGGGCUGGUCUUGGAGCAUAGUUAGCAAACGAGAGGGAGAUCGGGGUUAUAUAGAAGGAGA